UUACAAAGUCAAGAAAGUGCUAAUAGCUUCAUUAUUUUUUAAGAUAUCAAUGCAAACUUAACAUGGUACAUCAUGGUAAUGGCUUUGAUGACCCUACAAUGUUGCAAGUUGAUAGGCCAUUGUGGAGUGGAUUUACGAAGGAUAAAUGGACCCAUAAAAAAAUAUUUUCUGAUUUAUCAAUAACUCAUCCAUCUCUUAACCAAUCCUUUAUAUUUUCUCAAACUAAGAGAAGAGAUGAACAUUGAAGCAAAUUUGUUCAACAUAAGGAAAGACACCGACAUACAAAGUUUCACGUCUUUAUGUCAAACCGGGCAACGGAUAUGAAGGUUUAAGUUAGACUGCUUAUAAUAGGCCAAUCGAUGCAUUUAUUUUGGAUCAAGUCAUUCAUGGCCUCUAGUUUCCGUGCGCCAAAUAAAUAAUAAAAGUUACCAGUCUACGCUUGCCAACUGUGAACCCCUGCAGGGGAGUCAAAGUCAUUCCAUGGAGGGCUGAGUGUCUGCAAGUUUUUGUUUUUUACUUUCAAUUUAUACCUAGACAACCAGAUUACCUUAAUUCAAAAGUCAAAUACAAGGGUGGAGAGAACACCCCGCAGACACUCGCCCCCUCCCCCCCGCCUCCUGUGUGGUCUAAUGAUUGAUUAAUGAUUUUUGAAAGGUAAUUCAUUUCUUUAGGCUUAUGGGAGAUUGUGCAUGUGUGUUUUUAAAGGCACUUGUGGAUAUCUUUGUGCAUCCUCUUACAUAUAUCUAGAGCUGAACAUUUAUGUAUACAUUAUGUAACUGAGUUUACAAUGAACAUUUUAAAUGUUCAUGUUUGUGUGUUGACUGUACACAGGGGAUUACACUCCUAUGGACAUGAGCAACCUGCCACCGUUCUGGUUAGCUUGUCUGACAGCGCUGGCUCAACUGUAAAACACACACACACACACACACACGGUAAGCUCAGUUGGCAGGCAGCAAUGUUCACCAAGGUCGAGUUCAAUUCCAUUGGGAAUUUCAGUUUUUCUUCCUGUACUGAUGGAAUUAUCACUUCGUCGAUGUUAAACGGUAGGCUAGACGAAUCAGAUGAUAAUGAAAAGGGAUACGUUUGUUCUCUAUUCGUAUUUAGGCCCUCUGUCCUCCACUUUUUUUCAGGAGAAGCAGAAAUGGUUGAGGCCAUGAAGUCUUUUGCUGAGCUCACAGAUCAAGACAGAUUUGUGUGAGAUGUUUGGAGGCGCACAGGUUCAGUGGCAAUAGUGCCCCUGGUGCGAUAGCAAAGGCACAACAUCAGUGGAUGGUAGUUAUUGAAUUUGAACCAGCAGCCAUCCAGUACUAGUCUACCCCUCUAACCUCUGUCUACAUCCUCCCCCACAGAGUUAUUGCCUGUCUCUGUGAUAUUGCUUAAAGAUCCAAUCUAGGAUCUUAAGCACAACAAAUUCGUAAUGUUUAAAAAGUAUAUAUGUAUUUGCAGGAUGUAACAUAUAUGAAAUGGAUGAUGUAGUACACAUUUUGAUGACAGAGUACACAAAAAAACAGGGACCACUUUUGGCUCGUAAGCACCACUCAAAACUACUGGCUGAGUUAUGCAAACUUUUGAGAGUGCAUCUUUAAGUGAGCAUUACCUGGUAAUGUAACGUUUGGGUUCCCUUGUCCUCCCCAGGGUUGCUGGAAUGGGAAUGGACUGGAGCAGGCUGGCACAGUUGAUGGGUGAGAACUUAAGAGCUGUGACGAUAAAGAUAAGCGUGACAUCCGUUGAGUCUGUCAUUGAUUUGAGGAAGUUAAUCUCUUUGCUCCCAUGAAUUAGCCUUUUAUAUCUGUGACCUUGGAAAGAUAAAACAUGGUCGCCAAAUGUUAUAGAGCCAGAAAGAUUUUCCUGACCACAUGACCUGAUCAGGAAAAACUCAUGGUCCUAAAGAGUUGAUUGUCAUCAACAUGUAUGAUAUUUGACUGUUUGACUCCCAUGCAGGGGUUCACAUGAGUUUACAUAAUAAGAUGUAAGGGCAAUUUUCACACAGGAAACCACUAAUACUGGAACGAUCUCUGUCCUAUUGGUCUGUGUACACAGAAGACUGAUUGGGACCAGGUAAUCUCAAGAUGGUGCAAAUGGCAAGACAGGCACAGUAUAGAGUUACAAUUUUCAAGAUAUUUUCCUACUAUGUUUCUUUGUACUUUUUUAUUUAUCAUUCGUUGUGUUUGCUUACAUUGCUUGUCAAUGCAGUCUGGUUCAGCUGUGAAACUGCCCAGCAGUGGUGGUGCUGUGGUGGGCUUGUAUCUGGAUCAAGGAAGACUGAUAAGACUUAUACUUUCACAUCUUAAACAAAACUGUAUACUGUGUAUGCAGUGAAAUCAAUGUAAAAGAGCUGAAUUGUUUGUCAUACUUUGGUCACUUUAUUUUGAUAGUCCCGCAUAAAUGGUUAAUUGAUGCUCAAACUAUCAACUGCAACUCUGUUAUAAUACUUGACUUAACUUGAAACACCACAGCUUCCUACGGUUAGAGCUAAAGUUUGUUGAUAGUACUUGAGCAUCUAUAAACGGGUCCAUCUGUAGGCUCUAUUAUAGAGGACUAUCCAAAUCCAGUGUUACCCAUACAGUAGUAAUGUUGUGCAUGUCUUUGCUUUGACACUAGGUGGAGAUGAGGAAAGCGUUCUGUGUGAUUGUACCAUAUAACCCAUCUGGUACCAUUGCAACCAACAGCCAAGUAUGAUUUUAAAUGAUCUACAAUGGACGUCAUUAUAAUCAAUCAAAUAUAAAAUCUGGGGCUAAGAUAACACAGCAUUAUAUUUUUCUAUUCACGUGGGCAGAUUUGUAGCCCAUGAUAUCCUGUAUGAAUGGUAUAUGAUGAGACAGUUGUGAAAUUAAUGUGCCAGGUAAUGGUUUGUGAGUCAUUUUAUAAAUGUAACGCAUUGUCUUUUUAUGAACAUUGAAUAAAUAUGGGUUAUUCAUUUAUUAGGCAAAUGCAGUUUAUUAGUAGCCUAAUUUCACUUAUUUAUUUAUUGUUCCAUAUUAGACUGGGUCUAACGUUACUCUGUAUUACAUAUUGCUCACUAUCUACAAUUCUCUUUUAUUUUUGGCUCAAGCUGUACUGAAUAGUCUAUUAUUAAGCUAGUAUACCUAUUAUUAUUCGGCUACUAUAAUUUAGCAUACCGCAAUGGGUCCCAUACAGAGAAGAGGCGAAAAUUCAUAAUAAAUCCCGUGCGCUCUGCACGUAUCUUUCCUUUUUAAAUUCAAAUCGCAGCAGCAGACAUAAUUUGAGUUUCUGGGGGCGGGGAGGGAGCGACCGCACUUGCUCACAAAAAUGAUCGGUUGUAGACUAUUAGAUAUCUUUCCCCGCCACUCGCUACAGUAUCGUAGACUGGAUCUAGUCUGAAACCAAUGGAAUCCUGAAUCAUGGCUGCAAAAGAGGAUCUCUUCAGCAAAAUCAUCCCGCGAAGCCUUCGGCCGAAAGUAUCGGGCACUGUGAAAUAUGGAUCGAAUUUGGACGUCCUCUUAUCGAUGGGUUUCCCCAAAGCCAGGGCAUUGAAGGCACUAGUAUCAACAGGAGGCAGGAGUGUACAGGCAGCAUGUGACUGGCUGUUCUCCCAUGUGGAUGACCCCUUCCUGGAUGACCCGUUGCCCAGAGAGUAUGUCCUGUACCUGCGCCCCAGUGGACCCCUGCAGAAUCAGCUUCAUCACUUCUGGCAGCAGUCCCGCGUCUCCUGCGGCAAGAACAAGGCCCACAACAUCUUCCCCCACAUCACGCUCUGCCAGUUCUUCAUGUGUGCAGACAAGAAGGUGGAUGCCCUGUUGGAGGCCCUGCAAGCCACGGUCGGCCAAUGGAGGGGUCGUUUCCCUAGCCCUCUGCCCCUGGAGCUCUACACCUCCUUCAACUUCAUAGGCCUCUUCGUCGAGGAGCAGAUCGCAGAUGUCCUCAAGCAGUUUGCUGCUGACUUUGCUUCCGAGGCUGCCAGAAAAGCAGAUGUCCAUUUAGAGCCCCAUAAGAAGCAGCUCCAUGUGACGUUAGCCUACUACUUCCCCACCAAUCACCUGACUUCCCUGGAAAAGCUGGCCAAGGGAAUCGAGGUGAAGCUAGGCUGUGAUUGGCUGGCUGUCCUUUUCUCCCGGGACAUUCGGUUUGCCAAUCAUGAGACGCUGCGCGUGAUGUAUCCCUACGCCCCUCAGAAUGAGGACGAGCUGGAGCUGGUCCUGGGUGACUUUGUCUUCACGUCUCCCUUGGAGCAGAAAAACACCAGCGAGGGCUGGGUCUACGGGUCCUCCCUGGCCACGGGGCUGUCCGGCCUAUUACCUGAGAACUACGUCAGCCGGGCAGACGAGUGUGACACCUGGGUCUUCCAUGGAUCACACUCCUUCUUCAAUUGCUCCGCCACCUCCGACAAAGAGAGCAGGGAAAGGGGCCUGUUCGAUGGGCUGCUGGACAGCCGUCGCCUCGACAACGCAAGCCCUGGGGACACACCCACUUCGAGCCUCAUCUGUCAUCCCAUGCAGGUGCUUCGGGUCGGUAGCAAUCCCUCUCAGCUGCCCAAGCGGACCCUGUUUGUCUGUCGGCACGGUGAGCGGAUGGAUGUGGUGUUUGGGAAACAGUGGCUUUCACUGUGCUCUGACUCCAAAGGUAGAUAUGUGCGCACUAACCUGAACAUGCCAGUCAGCCUGCCCAUGUGGAAUGGAGGACACCGAGAUUACGACAUGGACACCCCCAUCACUGUGUUUGGUUCCACACAAGCACAAAUCGUGGGUCAGGCGUUGUUGGAGAGCAACACAGUGAUAGACUUUGUGUACUGUUCGCCUUCUCUGCGCUGUGUCCAGACUGCUCAGAACAUCCUCAAAGGUCUGCAGCAGGAUGGCAAGCUGAAGAUCAGAGUGGAGCCAGGGCUAUUUGAAUGGACCAAGUGGGUCUCUGGGAGCUCUCUUCCUGCCUGGAUCCUUCCCACAGACCUGGCUGCAUCCCACUUCAGUGUUGACACAACAUACAGACCUCUCAUCCCAAUAUGCAAACUUAGCGUGUCGGAGUCCUAUGACACGUACGUGAGCCGGAGCUACCAAGUGACCAAAGACAUUCUGUCUGACUGCAAAAACAUGGGAAACAACAUACUGAUUGUGGCCCAUGCUUCCUCUCUGGAGGCCUGCACCCGACAGCUCCAGGGCCGCAGCCCCCAGACCUCCAAGGACUUCAUCCAAGUAGUCAGGAAGAUCCCCUACCUGGGUUUCUGUACGUGCGAGGAGCAGAGUGACACGGGGGUCUGGCAGCUGGUGGACCCACCCAUCCUGCCCCUCACACAUGGACCCAACCACAGCUUCAACUGGAGGGAAACCCUUUUCCAGGAAUGACAUCCGCUUCUGUUUAGAGCAGACUUGCUCAGCCCCAUCCCGAGGAUGUAGUUUCUGGUCAAACAGCACUGAAAGACCCCACCAGAGUCAAUGGGUGGUUGGGCCUGGAUGUACUGUACUGUACAUAUUGUCAUUUGACAGUAUUGUUGACAUUUCUAAUUUGACAGUAUUGUUGUUAGUGAGAGUGGAGAGGGCAGGGCUAAGUCUCGGCCUGGUUGAUCGUGGAGGCUAAGCACAUGAACCAUUACAUAUUAUAUCAUCAACAGCGUGCCAGAAGGAAGUCACAAGGUUGAGAACAUUGACCUAAAAAAACGAACAGAGUAGUUUGUGUUUCGAAAAGCAAUUGUAUCCCUAGUCCCGCUUGCAGAUGUUAUCCUCAAAAGCCCUUGAUUGUAGCCGCAAGUCAUGUCUCGGAUGUUUCCCGGUGUGGAAUCUGUGUUUCUGUGUGUAUAAAGUUUAACUCAUUGUGGGAGAAAACAUGCAAAACUCAUGAUCUCUUGCAAUGUGGUCAGUAUGACAUGGUUUAUGACUUUAUGGUCACGUUGUAUGCUGGUUGUAUAAAAAAACAUUUUGUUAACGAAGGUAACCAGAAAAAGCUGUCUGCCUGGUUGUUAUGUGACCAGAUAGCAACCAACAUAUGAAGGAUUUACUUUGACAUCAUGAUCUCGUCAUACAAACUGCAUCUUUACAUGGUUGUAACUGAGGCCAGUUGAAAAUCUGGUUUUAUGACUUCUUCACAACCAGAAAAACAGUUUACAACCAGGAAAUGAGGUCAUUAAGACGGCAUGGGCCAAAUGUUUUCCACUGGGCGGCUUUUCACCCGGUUUGUUUGAAACAGUCUCGAUGGGACAAAAUGCACUAUUGACAAUCACAGGUCACUGGUCUAAUAACCAGACGUUAGGAACCUAUACUGUAUGUGUUUAUUUUACACAAUGUAAGGUCUUGCGGCAGAAUAGUUGUCGAGCACUGCACUAGAAAAUAUCUUUCAGUCUUCCAGUUUAUUUAUAUUUUAUUCAGAUACUUAACAAUUGAAGAGCUUUUAUCAAAUCUUAUUAAAAAGACCUGUCCUGUGGUAGGAAAAUACGUUUUUCUCAGGUGCAGUUUUCAUUGUGACCUAAUACAGUAUUUGCGUUUCAUUGGGUCGUGAAAAUUGUUGUGAGUGCCUCUGAAGAUUGAACCUGAUUUCUCUUGACGUCUCAGUGGUGAAAUCAGAGGGAGGUUCACUGCUCAUUAUGUCAACUUGAAUGUGUAGUCUUUGUGUAGCCUCAUCUAAAUCUAUCUGAUCUAAUCUUUCUGCAAAUAAUGCAUUUAUUAUUGAUGAGGAUCUAAAACAAUGCUCUGGUGCUGUUCUUCCAUUGAUGCAUGCAAAUACAAUACUUACAAGUACAAUACUUACAAGUACAAUACUUACAAGUACAAUUACGAAAUUUGUGAUAAAGGUGUCAGUGAGGAACAAAGCAGGCCUACAUCAGAGGUUAGCCACAUGCACUGUUGAGGAAACUCUGGAAAACUGAGGAGGAAGCCAUCUGUGUCAAUUUGUGUUCAUUUAUUGUCUCAAAUAUUGUAUUUCCAAAUGUAUAUAAACGUUAAUUUAAGUAAUUUAAGUUUUUCACCAAAAUGCUAAAAGUUAAGUCAAACAUAUUCUUUAUAUUUGGGCGAAGAUUUGCAAAAGAUUGAAAAGAUUGCCACUUGUUUAUUCAGAUAUGAGCAUAUCUGAAGUGUGUUCUUUAUUUUGAUUCAAAAAUGGUCUGAAUUCCCCCCUCUAUAUGAUACAGACAUGAUCACUGUUUCAGAUAUGUAGAAGAUACAUAUCAAAUAAAUAACAAAUUGGGUCAUUU